AUGAAUCUCGACCUCCACUCUCACCGCACCCAGCUCGUUCUCACUGCGCUCGGUGCCGCAGUUGUCACAGCAGGGACUUUCUCAGGAUACCAGCAAUAUGUCAGGCAGAAGAAACGCAGGAGUCUCGACGAGGAAAUACGACGUUCGCUGAAGACGAACGCGAAGGGAAAGCAGAAGGAUUUGCCAGACGAGGAUGACCAUCAUCGAGAGAUCGAGCUCGGAGGCGCAAGCACCAAACAUGCAGUGCCCUUGGAGUACGACGAAGAGCUGGUUCGGGAACAGCUCGCGCGUAACUACGCGUUCUUUGGCGACGAGGGUAUGGAGCGCAUCCGGAAAAGCACCGUCGUCAUCGUAGGCUGUGGAGGAGUUGGGAGCUGGGCAGCUGUGAUGUUAGCCCGAUCUGGUGUGAAGAAGCUCCGUCUCGUCGACUUCGACCAAGUAACGUUGUCGUCACUGAACCGCCAUGCGACCGCGGUCCUCUCCGACGUAGGCACACCGAAGGUCAAGUGCAUCGAGCGCACUCUCAAACAGAUCUCGCGCAUCAUAGAAAUCGACGCGCGCAUCGACAUCUGGCGAAAGGAGUCGGGCGGUGACCUCCUGGAAGGCGCAGAUUGGGUUGUAGAUGCAAUAGACAACAUUACCACAAAAGUAGAACUGCUUAAAUACUGCCAUGCGAACAAUAUCAAGGUGUUCUCUUCUAUGGGCUCGGGAGCGAAAUGCGAUCCAACGCGUGUCCAAAUCAGCGACAUCUCAUUCACGAUGUAUGAUCCACUGGCGCGCUCCGUCCGCCGCCGUCUCCGCCUCGAGGGUGUGUCUUGCGGCAUUCCCGUCGUGUAUUCCACCGAAGUCCCGGGAGAUGUCAAGCUUCUCCCGCUUCCCGAAGAGGAGUUCCAGAAGGGCAAUGUGAAGGAGCUCGGCGUCUUUGACGACUUCCGCGUGCGCAUCCUGCCCGUGCUCGGACCCUUGCCGGCGAUCUUCGGUCUGAACAUCGCCACCUACAUCCUCUGCGAGCUCUCCGGCAAGCCGAUCCCGAACCCGCUCCCGGUCAAAGCCCGCAAGAAGUUCAACGAACGCCUCUCGCGCGACCUCCAGAAGCGCGAGGAGAAGUUCCUCGGACACCAGAUCAAUAAACUACCGCUGGACGACGACGACCUUGGCCUCCUCUUCGACGACAUCCAUCGCGGCCGCUCCAUCCGCCCCCCACACCCCGUCCCCGAACGUCCCGCGCUCGUCCGCUGGGACCCGGCGGAGCCGCUCUCGCUUGCGAACUGCGUCGCGUUCGAGUUCGCGGACGCCGAGCGGCACCUGAAGGAGGCCCUGCUCGAGAAGAGGCGGCCCGAGGACGUGUGGGGCCCGGAGGUCGCGGACAUCGUGGCGCGGAGGAGAGAGGAAGUGCGCAGGGUCGUCGAGUGGGUGAUGUGAACCUGGUCUUUAGUUGUGGGACGUGACCAUCUGCAGAGGGUGGAGCACUCAUCUCAGAUGUACGAUCCAAAUCGACUUCUGACUGGCGGCGUCAUGAUCAGGAUGGAUGAGUGCAUGUCCGACGACCAUGACUUUUCCUAUCUUCUGGGCACACUUGAAGCUACCAGUAAUGUGUUGAGAAUGCGGUGUCGUCUAGAUUCAUGUUGACGGCGGACGCAUGGCCUUCAUAUGAGCUGGGCGCGGACGGCGGCCCAUGACUCUUGCAAGCGAUGCUUAGGGCUUCCAUAGGUGUGAAUAGUAUUCGGUGGCUGGAUGACAUCUGCGCAGAUCAGUCGAGCUGUCCUCAUCGCCUAUGGUUGGAGAACGAAGCCUUGUAUUGUACUGGUGAUCAGCGUAUAUACCUUCAGACCAUU